CAGACGCCAUUUUGUUUUCAGCAGUGGAUUUCUGACCAAUAUGGAAAUGGCCGUGUUAUUCGUUUGUUGACUGGAAGAAGGAUAGCUUGCUUGCUAACAACAAAAUGGCGGCGAACUCGACGCAGUCCGCUCAAACAGCUAACUGGUCGUAUGGCUCUGCCUCUGAUGCCCCAGUCCAUGAGAACCCUGAAUGGGAGAAGGCCCGACAGGCACUAGCCUCCAUCAACAAGAGCCUAAGCACUACCAAAACUUCCCAGACCAAUCAUAGUACUGCGCAGGCUGGGCAGUACCAAACUCCAGUGGCAGACUCCACAGCCCUUCAGCAGCAACAGCAAUACUAUCAGUGGUACCAACAGAACCAGCAGCAGUAUGCUGGGUAUCCAUAUCCAUACAACUAUUACUACGCCAUGGCCCCUUAUGGAGGAGGCUAUCCUCAGGGCCAGUAUGCUGUUCCAGGGCCUUACCAAACUCCUACCACCCCCACAGGACAGCCUCCUUCUGUUCCCAUGCUUGAUGACCAGUCAUCCAGUUAUCCCCUGCAACCCCAGCCACCACCUCCUGCUGUCCCUCAACCACCCCCCCAGAGCCCUACCUCCUCCGAACAACCCCCUCCCCCACCCCCACCACCAAUACCUCCCCCUCCCAACUCCCAGUACCCUCCACCCCCUACUCAAACCCCCUAUAACUCCAGUAAUUCCAUGUCUUACCCUCCCAAUGAUGCCAACCAAAUGAGAGGAUACAGCCACAACCAUAAUCAGGCCAGGCCCAAUUAUAACCAAGGGUACCAGGGCCAGAGCUCUUACCCUAAUUCCCAGAAUAACCCCCAGCCACAGUCCCAGCAGCAGCAGGUCCAGUAUGGUGGAGGGGCAGGGAGAGGAGAGGCGGCUAACAAAAAGGGCAACAAAGGAGGACAGCAGCUGUGGCAUCGCAUGAAACAAGCACCUGGUGCAGGAGGAGUGAAGUUCAACAUUCCCAAGCGGCCGUACGUCAUGACCAAUACAAACUUUCCCUCUGGGGAACAGGGAAGUGGAGUGAAUGCUGCCUCGGCAACAGCUCAGAGCCGCCCUCAGGACUGGCCACAGGCAAUGAAAGAAUAUGUUCAGCGUUGUUUCACAGCCUGCGAGUCGGAGGAGGACAAAGACAGGACUGAGAAAGUGCUGAAGGAGGUCCUUCAGGGCAGGCUGCAGGAUGGCACUGCUUACACCAUUGACUGGAGCCGAGAGCCGCUGCCCGAAUUGAAGGCGAAGCAGUCUCGCUGGGAGGCAGUUCCACCCCAGCGGGCUCAGGAGAACUCCAUCAGCCGCGGAGGCGGAGCAGGUGCAGCUGGGCGGGGCCGAGGGGGCGCCCGACUGGGCCAUUACCGAAAUGUGUUCUCCCAAAGAAGCCCUUCCUCAAGCUCCUCUCGCUCCUCGUCCCGCUCUCCUUCCCCCUCUCACAGCAGACACAGGGACAGAGGGAGCCAGAGGCACAGGCGAAGUGACUCAGGCUCUCAGUCUGACAGCAGUAUGUCCAGUGACCUCCGACCUCCGCUGUCACGACGCAAUCAGAAAGGAGGAAGAGGCAGAGGAGGGGAGAGGGAAAGGGGAAGAGGAGUCACAGGAGGAGAGAGGGGGCGAGGAAGAGGAGGCAGAGCCAACAGAGGAAGGAGAAACCUUGACGACACUGGGAGCGGCCCUGGGAAGAAGAGGAAAGGGGGCAAUGCUGGGUUGGAUUUCCCUGACCCUAACCGCGAGGCCAAGAAACAGAGCCGGGCAGCCCGUUUCCACACCAAGCUGCGCACCGAGCCACUCGUGCUGAACAUCAACCCCCUGGAGCCGGCUAACGGAAGCAAUGAGGGAAUCAGCUGGGAGGACUGCCCCAUAGUAGGCACCUGCCAGGAGAUCACAAAGAACUACCUGCGUCUCACCUGCGCGCCCGACCCUGCCACAGUGCGGCCUGUGCCGGUGUUGAGGAAGUCUUUGGUAGCGGUGAAGGCCCACUGGCAGACCAACCAAGACUACCCUUACGCCUGUGAGCAGAUGAAAUCCAUACGGCAGGAUCUCACGGUUCAGGGUGUGCGUACAGACUUCACAGUGGAGGUGUAUGAGACCCACGCUCGCAUUGCUCUGGAAAAGGGUGACCAUGAAGAGUUCAACCAGUGUCAAACCCAGCUGAAGGCUCUGUACAAAGACUGCCCCUCCAACAACGUGGGAGAAUUCACAGCCUACAGACUUCUCUACUACAUCUUCACCAAGAAUUCUGGAGACUUGACCACAGAGCUGGUGUAUUUGACUCCUGCUUUGCGCGAGGACGAGUGUGUGUCCCACGCCCUCGCUCUCCGCGCCGCAUGGGCUCUGGGCAACUUCCACCGCUUCUUCCUGCUGUACCGGCGCGCCCCGCGCAUGGCAGCCUAUCUCAUCGACAAGUUUGUGGACAGAGAGAGGAAGGUCGCUCUCAGGGCCAUACUCAAAACGUUCAGACCAGCAGUACCGGUGGAGUAUGUCCAGUCCAGUCUGGCUUUCCCUUGUUUAGACUCCUGUCUGGCCUUUCUGACUGGGCUGGGGGUGUCUUUCCUGCCCACAGACCCCAGCAAGAUAGACUGCAAAACCAGCUCUGCCUGCCUGGCUGCGUCAUGAGGGGGAAAGGGGAUGGGGGGGUGACGAAAUACAGGGAGACAGAGAUACUGCCACACUUAGUGAAAGAGAGGGAGAGAGACUGUGGGACGCUGUACAGGCACCGACGGCCAUACUUCAGAGAGCGAGAGAGAGAGAGACGGACAGACCGACCGACUAUACAGCUGGUCAUUCACACAGUGAAACACAGAAUUCUCAACAGUGACCUGUAGAGCGACUAUAGAAUGACAGAUACAUUCACAGACAGACUGUAAUCAGGGAGAGGUGCUCAGUGAGGGCCUGGCAGAGGGAAGCAGGGAAGAUCAGUCUGCCCACAUACGCACUUCCAUUAAUGCCAGAGGGGGAGGGACAGAGAGAAUGUGUAUCAGGGAGACACUCCCUGCCAGAGACAGGUCGUUAUCAGAGUGGAGUAGAUCUUCCCCAUAGAGGCCAAGCACUGCCGCGCUUAGCACUCCGUGGCGUCUGUAAUCCCGUAAUUAAAAUAGCCUCAAGUCCAGCUUUUCUACAGAUGAAGAUGCCUCUGAUUUCAGUAAUCAGUUUGUUCUCUGUAGAGAGACUAUCAAAAUUAAGGCUUAAAGAUGAGGCUUAAGGGUUUUAUGGAAAUAGGUAGAGUUUUUAAUACGCACACGGACAUCGAAAUAUCCAGAAGGGAUGUAGUUUUAGCUUCGCCCAUUCAGGUGCUCCUCAUAAUUAUAAGCUAACAGUGUUCUAUGUUAUUUUUUCUCCCCUCAAGCAUACAGCCAAUCUCAAGUGAAGAUAUUUCUGAAAACCAAGAGAGAUCUAAAGUUUCGAAAGCCAUUCCAGCUCUACGGCCACCCUCAAGUCCGUGCCGCAGCCCAAGACGGCAGUCCUGCCUGUCCAAAGUCCAGAUCAAGUGUUCACCUCCACAGACUGUACCAUGAUGGUGCCCAUGAAGCCUGCUGGGCCGAAGAUGUCUGGUUUGUAUGUCCUGCUCCGCCCAGGUCCAGGAUCUCAGUAGUGUGUCGCCAGGUGGGAAGAAUCUUCUUUUACAGCUGUGCUAUGCCCAUUGUGGCUCGAAGGCCUUGACUGAGAAAGCAAAGGAUGCAGGUGGCGUAGUUUUGCCCAGCCUGCAGUCAUCGGUGAAAUUGCAAGUUCCUGCCGCCGCUUAGACGGCAGCUGGCUGGCUCGGUGGUCGUCUGUUGCACCUCUUCCUGUUUGCGAGAGCCGUGCCAUGCGCGACGUGGCCCACUCGCUGUGACUCGGAGGUGAUGGCUGAUGCUGCAGCCCUCAUCCUCAAGGUGCCUCCCAGGAUCUGCCUGCCCGGCUGGAUGUCCAGUCACAGCGUCCGGAAUAAAGAUGUCUGCUUUACCCUCACCCUGAAAGCCUGCUGAGCUGCGUUGCAGUUAAUCCAGAGAGGCUUCCGUGCGGCUGCUCCCAAGUGUCAUCUUCUUUUUUCCAAAAAAGGUGGCAGCAGAAGCUCCUCAGCCAGUGAUUGGAGCACAGGGUUUGUAUGCGUUUCCCUGUUACAUCUGCAUCCACAACUAGGCUGAGUACGUAUGUAUGGCUGGUAAGAAAAGACUUUGUUUUGCUGGAAGGAGAUGGAUGUCAGCACAAGCGAGUGUCAGCUCAAUAAUGCAGUUUUAACAUGUUCCUUAUUUUCCCAAACCCAUGACACAGAUAUGGUCUUAAACAUCGGAGUAUAAAUCAUUAAUUGGCCUAAAUCUAUGGCAUUGGCAGGUUUUUAACAUUAUGUGCCUGAACAUUGAAACAUAACUUAGUACUGUCAUAAUGUGAUUUUAUUCAUAAACUUGAAUCAGACCCCAAUGUUGAACCUUGCAGCACUUCUAAACUGUGAGAUAAUCACAGCCCCAAACAGCAAUAACAAGUGCAGAUGUACACGUCUUUGAAUAUCUGGAUGAAAUUUUGAUUGCCCGGUGAUGAAUUAAUUAGAUGAGAUUGGGAGACUAUCCACCACAUUACAACAGUUAAAUGGUACUUAAUUUAUUGGUCUAGACUUGAACUUUACUAUGAUUAUUUGGGGGGUGUGGUUUUUAUACAGUGAUUUAAUAAAAAGAUGAGAAAAAUGCCCUACCACUGAAAUAUGUUCAUUUUUCUGCAUUCUAUGAUUUGAGCUUGAAGGUGAAUGUCUUCAUUACAUCACAGAUUCACCAUGUAGGGCUAGUUAAGAUUACAUUUCUGUAGGGUUUGGUUGCAGUCAGUGGAGGAUAGGAAGAUGACAAUAUUGUUUUGGUGAGCCUUUAGUUUGAUGUGUUUACUGUAUAUUGUCUGGUGAAUAUCUUUAAGGGAAGUGUUUGAAAUCAUAAAUCCAAUCUAGGCAGUCUGUUUGAAAGCCUUUUUUGAAUCGGUUGAAAGUAGACGUUUUUCUCAUUAGUUUCUUACAAAUAUAAUUUGCUUCGACAUAAAUAUUGACCAUCAACAAUAGAUUAGAGGAUUUAUGUGCUAACUCUAAACUUGGAUAUUAGUCAUUUUUUUCUGUCCCCAUUAAUGUUUUUGUGUUUAUUUAAUUUUUUGGCACACAUUUUGCAUCAGUGGGUAAAUAGGGUGUCAUGUAAUCUGAGAGCAAACAGUGCCCGCAGAAGAAAUGCAUAUUUUGGCACAGUUUGCGAUUCUGUGUGCAGGUGAAUGUGACAGGUUGUAAUCACAGUGCAACAUAUUUUAUUACCUAACUGUUGGCGGUUGCUUGUUUUACUGAGGGAAAACUUUAUCAGAGCUGAAUAUCUUAUCUUAACCUGAUCUUUUAUUUAAAGGUGGAGCAAAGAGAAGCAAAGUGUCUUGUUAGACAUAUUUUAGAUCUUUUUUUUUUCACUUGGUAAUUCUGAUGCUGAGGUUUCUAAGAACAUUAUUGGAAUUCUUGUUUCUUAAUUGACUGAUGCGUAAGUUCAAUAGGAUAUAUAUUGAGUCCUCACAUUGUGGUAGCUUGACAGUUGAGUGGGGGUGUAGUGGUAUGAUAUUUUUAUUACAUCGGUAUGUUUAGCAUGGGUAUUAACAGUGCCAUUAUUUAGGCAGGGCUGUAUUAAUCAGGUUUCUCUGCCUUUUUCAUAAUGACGCAAGAUUGAUAAAAAUGUUGGUGUUUUUUUUAUUCCACAAAAGAACGUUAUCCCCAUACAUACUGCUGUCAUGUAAUCGUACUUGGAUACCAUCCAAUGUCUGAACUCUGUUGCCUAUAACUUGUAAAAAGUACCACAUAAAUAUAAAUUGAUCUUGAUUUGGGAUGCAGCAUCAAAGGAUAGACAAUAUGGAAUAUCACCUUUUCUCAUAACUGCUUGUAUUUCUAACCUAUGAUUAUAUUGCUGAAAGGGGCCAUGCAGAUAAUCAAAAAAAAUUUCUGUGUACAGAAUUAAUGGUAAAGAAGUUAUUUCUGGGGUUAUGCAAAUUGUAUGUUAAAUAGACCAAGCCUUUUUCUUACCAUUUCCCUCAGUGUGGGUUGAUAUAAAUAGACAAGUUACAGUACAGUGCUUUUCUCUUUCUACAUUGCAUGUUUUUCUCACUCCCCUGUAGUUUUCCUGCAGCUUUCCCACUGCUGUAUUUUUUCUUUAUUGUGUAUUUCUCAUCCCUUUCUUUAAAACCUAUUGAAUUCAAAUUGCUUUUAUUUUCACAUUUCCCUAACAGUAUUUCUGCUCUUCUGUAUGCUCUCCCUAUUUGCACCAACCUGUACUAACCUCUCCCAUUAACUGUCAUUCUGAAAAUUAGAAUUUAUAUCAGUUUCGCAGAUUCAGUCACACUACAGUCCUAGUGGCAAGAGAAAGGUUUGGUUCUAAUACUGUACGCACACCAGCCAAGAAGCUAAAUUGUUACUGUUGAGGUCCCAGGAAAAGGGGUACCAGUAGAUGUGAAUGGCCAUGUGAGGUCUGUCCAUUGGGGUUUGGAAGUAAGUGUGUGUGCGUGUGCGCGUGUGUGGGAGUAUUUUCAGGUUGUGGUAGUCUCUGUGUGUUUCUGUAUCAGUGACUGUAGAGGUAUGUCAUUGCCAGUGGAUCAUUUUAACAAUGCUAAUAUCCAGCUUCAACAGUAACAUGGGCAGUUUGUUGUCUGGUGUGUGUCAACCUUAGUUAAUAUACCGUCUGUGAGCCUCUGGCUUUGUAAGUUGGUUGAACGCUUUGCAGUUAAAGUGGUAAGCCUACAGAAAAGAAUGCACAGGUAGUAUCACAGGAAUAUUGUCAAUAAGAAGGGUUUAAGAAAAAUGUUGCUGAAAUAGCUUAUUUCCUUACCAUCUGUAUUUAUACAUCGUUUUUCAAAUCCAUGCAUCAAUCUGGCGAGAUUUACCUAUAGAUACAGCUGUGGUUUUGUAUUUAUGCAUACUACUUAAAAUUCAUUCAUAAAUCUUGUGGGAUGUUUACCUAUGGAUAUAGCUGUGGUUCUUCGAAUAUAGUGGCCUGUGUAGGACUCGUGCUUGCAUGCUUACUUCGCUGUAAUGAAUGCAGAUGUGUGUGAAGCUCAUUUUGUCAGUCUUCAUGUACAAAAUGAAUAUUUGAGGGAAUCCCCUUUCAAUUUCUUGUUGCCAGCUGAAAAUUUUCAUGCUGUUUAUCCUUUAAUGUAUUCUUUCAAUCCGUCUCAUUGCCAGAUGUUUUUUUUGUCCUUGCAGUUUUGAAUAGCAGGAGUAAAGCAAGGGGUAUGUGAGAGAAACUUGAUCAGUGUCAAGAAGCUAGUUGAAGAGAGGAGAACGAGUGAAAAUGGAAGACUCAACCUGCUCAAGAUGGCCCAUUUUGUCUAACUAGGAAUGUAAAAGUUCCACCUGUUUUAAUAUUGUAGGGGAGGCUGUCUCUAGUUGUAUAUUCGAGUACUGUUUUUGCACACUGAACAUAAAACCGGCUGAAUGUGUUAAGAUGUGUAUUGGUACCAGCCAUGGGUGUUGUGAAGUCUGUGACAUCUGUCCAUUUCACUGAAGAGGUUACUACGUAACCUCACUGUUUGGGUGAAACGGAAAAGAGUCAUUUGACAUGCUGUCAAAACGGCUUGAAACUGUUUUGUAGUUUCAGUCAGUUGUUCUCACGUAAUGUUUUUUGGCAGCUUCUGCCAGAGACGUCAGUUUUGUUUUCCUUGUCUUUACUGGAAAACAAAAGUGAUGUUUUAAUUGUGCCUUAUGCACAUCCUUUUCCUUGUUUUUGAACUAAAUAACUUGUAAAAGUAGAAGUCCAGACAUAUUUGUCAGGCCUUUGGUGUUUCACAUUUCUACAUAAAUUUGACAAAAUGUUUUGGUGUAGGUUUAGAACUGUUGCCUGAUGAAGGUUGUUUGACUUUGAUGGUGGAUAAGCCCCAUGAUUUCAACAUUGAGGAAUGUAGCAGCUAUCCAGAAAUUGAUUUGUUGGAAGGGAAUGGUAGUGGUCAGUGUUCAGUGAAUUGAAAUAGAGAAGUAAAAUUUCCAGUUAGGCAAUUCCUGGUCGGUUUUUGUGCUCAGCUUUUGUUGGCUUUUCUGGAACAGCUUCCUUAAGUUUUAACCAGUAAUUUUAAACAGCUGUGUUGUAUUUUGUGUUAACCGCAGAGUUGGUUGACACGUAGUUGUCCGUUGGUUGAUCCCAGUAAAACUGGGCGGGUUGUUAAACCUGUAAUGUUAACAUCACAACAAACAUUUUUCAGUGCACAGACAUAGGCAGCUUUUCUCUUGUUUGGUCUUCACCCCCCCCCUCCUGUGGUUAAUGAGAUUCUAAGAGAUGCAUGCGCAUACUUUCAUGUGCUUUGUUGUGCGCGGUUGUCAGUGUCCGUAGGGCAAAUCUGAUUAUUAUGAGGUGUGAAAUCGGAUGCAAAUGUCUCUGGACUUAAGUAUUCCAUACUAGUCUAUUUUUUUCGGCACCCAUUAUUUGACUAAAAACAUGUCAACACCCUUGGAUUUGUGUAUGAUACAUGUUUUGUGCACAUCCAUGUCAGGUUUUAUAUAGUUCUGAACAGUUCCCUUUUUUCAUUGAACAAAAAUACUGUUAUUUUGUGACAGUGAUUUUGAAGUUAAUCCUAACCUUGUAUGUGUACAGGUUUGUAAACAACUUUUUAAAGUUGUUCCAAUUUCAGCUGAAUAAUCCAUGAAUUAAUUUAUUUAUUGUGGCUUCUGAACCUGUGAUUCUUUUCCCAAAUCUUAAUCAUGUGUUCCAAUGCAAUCUAUCCAGCAGUAUUUAAUUUUUUUCAAUUGGAUUUUCAUAGUUCACCUUUAAAAAUGCAAUGUUUGAAUAUGUUUUGCCAUAAAAUGCACAUUAUGUUGGAAAUUACCACCUGAAGUCAGUGUUAAGGUGGGGAGAAUAUCAAAUGUCUUCCCUUUGAGAAUGUAUGAGUUCCAAAUGUUAACUGUCAGAGCAAACAUUUAGAUUUAAUUUCAUAAUUUCCUAAUAACAAAAAUUCUGAAUUGCUCAUUUUCCAAGUAAACACUUGUAUUUCUCCUUUCAGCAUUUUAGCACCCUCUGUUUAACAUUAAGUGUGCUCUUACAAGAAAAUUGACAACUAACACAAUGAUUUUCUUAAGAGUGCUGCUCUGUAUGUAUCACCUGUCUCUAUAAGGGUCUUGGAGUUUAUUUCAUAAUUAGGAUUUAUUUUAGCGGUGAUUGUUUCAUGUUUUGUACCACCCACACCCCCUUUUCACCUCAUUUUAUCGCAUUGCUCAGGUUGAAUUCUAUUCUAGCCCCUCUUGCUUGACCCCCCCCCCCCCUCCCCCGCUCCCCAAGUGUGUUUGCUUUUCAUUCAUUGUAUUUAGCCUGUCUAGAGAGUCCCUAUUAAUAUUGGAGUUUCGUAAGAUGAACCGUACCCUCAGUGCGUCUGUUUUGACUUUUUUUUUUCCUUUGUCCCUCUAAAAUCACUUAUAUUCACUUCACUUCCUGUCUGUCCCCUCCUUCCCUUGCAGUGCGUGUCUCUCUGCUCCCCCUUGCCUCCAGUAUUUCUGCUACCAUGGCUUUGUCUUACUUUAUCCCCCCUCUUUGUUAUGUUCUGUAUUCUUGUCUCUAAAUCCAGUUGCAAUGUGCAACUACAUACACUUUCAGCAGUAAGUAUUGCUUAAAUGCUGCUUUUCAUUGUCUUGUUUCUCUUGCAGUUCACCAACUCAUUAAAGGAUGUAACCAGUGUCACUUUUCUCUCCCUCGAAUAUAUUGGAUUGAAAUUACUGCCAUU